ACAUCAAGUUCCUUAAGAAACAGGGACAAUAACUAAUGCCAAAGUAGCAUAACAGCCAUACUUUUUUGGGGGAUAAACACCAUCAUGAAGACAUGACAUGGAUGUUUCAUCAAAAAAUCCAGGUUGUUUUUGUUGCCCCGCAUUCCAUAAUGCAUGUUCUUCCAAGACUUGCUUUUUAUUUGUAUUGUUUUUCUUUCUGUUCCUAUUCGUGGCCACUGGGAUAGCUGCAUUGGUUGUUAUCUUCAUUUUGAAGCCUCAAGAGCCAAGAUUUUCUCUGGAGACGAUAAGAGUGGAUUCAUACAAGCUCAAUGCUUAUUCCAAUUCAACACUGUUGAUUUCAUCUGUUAUCUCUCUGUUACUAAACGCUCAAAACCACAACAAAGUUGGCAUAAGAUAUAGCCCUUCAAGGCUUCAUAUUUUCCAUCAAGGAAUCCCAAUAGGACUAAUUCGAGUUCCUCAGUUCUAUCAGCCAGCUCAUAGUGACAACGUUGGUUUAACAGCACAGAUUUCUCUUCCUCGUUUAAAUGUCACCAGAAUUUUUGAUCAAGGUGUCUCAAAAGAAAAGGCAAGGAAGAAUGUUGUACAGAUGAAAAUAUUAGGCGAUGCUAGACUUCACCUGCUGUUAUCUCGCCUAACAUUGCCCAAGAUCAAGGUUGCCCUGGAAUGUGACAUAGGCUUCAGCUACACAGAGUUUUCAUUCAAAGACGAACUUUUUUCCAUGAAAGUAGUUCGAGAUCUUAUAGCAUCUUUUCCAGUUAAAUCUGAAUCAAUCUCCAAGAAGUGUAAAUUAGCUUUCUAUUUAUAAUGAUGGUGAAUUUCACUCAAUAGCUAGGACUCAGGCAUGUAAGAUAAAAUCACACAUGUUACUGUGUUGAUAUGCAUGUCUACCGAUAGGGAUCAAGCAAGUGAUUUCUGUAACAUCUUAUGAUUGUUCUUAAUUAAUGGGCUAUCACAUAGUUGUUGAUUCAA